UCAAUGUUGACACCGAACACAUGAAGCUGUUACACCAGAUGGAAGUUGACGCGUCUGCGUGGUUUAGUCGCAUGUGUACUGCGGUAGGCAGAAGUUUAACAUGUGCACAAAAAGGAAAUAAUAAUAAUAAUAUGUAAGCAUUCGUCCGUGGGUUUUAUGUGUUUUUGUAAGCAGUGUUAGUCGUCGUCUUCAAACAGGAAACGUAUAAUUUUGUCCAAGUUUAAUGACGAAGAAAAGCUAGCGUCGCCGUGUGUGUGCUAUCCACCUUCUCACUAAACUAGCAUUUAUAAGUACACAAAUGGUCGUCAUGUCGAAGGCGAAAGAGAAGAAAAAGCAUGCUGCCUCCGAGAAACAAACGCAACCUGGCGGGAAACGUAAAACCGUUAAGAAGAAAAAUAAGAUCUGGAAACAAAGUAAGUUAGUACAGAAAGCUAAGGUCGAAAACCCUCCCACGAAUAUUCUACUUACAAAACCUCCAAAGGAUGGGCAGCUCUUUUCUGCCAACUGGAAAGUAUUACAAGAGACUUUAAAGUCCAGUCAGACAAAAACAAAUCAGCCCAAAACAUCAAAAGACCACAAUGGUCCUCUGCAAGAAAAGAAAGAAAAGAUAUCUAAAAACAUUUUGCCAAGUAAGACAGAUUCAGGAAAAUCUGUGAAACACAAAACUGUUGACGCUCCGGUGAAUAUUCCUGCUGCGUCCGAGACGAAACAGCCGCCUGCUUCUAAAAGGAAAAAUAAAGCAAAUGGCAUUCCAAAUCUCAAGAAGCCAAAACUUGAGGUCAAAGAGACCAAACCUACAGCGGAGGACAUUUGGUUCGACGAUGUGGACCCUGACGACUUGGAGGCGACGGUUGGGCAGGAGGCAGCAGACAUCAUGAGGAAAAAGAUGGGCGUGCAGAAAAAUCCGGACACAGACGCCGCUCUGGUGAAGACGAAAGCUUUUGAAGGUCUCACAAAAGCCAUCGCCAUAGACUGUGAGAUGGUGGGAGUUGGUCCGGACGGUGAGGAGAGCAUAUUGGCGCGCGUUUCUAUUGUCAACCAGUUUGGGAAGUGUCUGUAUGACAAAUAUGUGAAGCCCACCGAGGAGGUGACGGACUACAGGACGGCCUUCAGUGGCAUCCGGCCAAAGGACAUCAGAGAUGGAGAGGACAUAGCAACUGUGCGGAAGGAAGUUUCCGAGAUACUAAAGGGAAGAAUAUUGGUGGGACACGCGCUGCACAAUGACUUAAAGAUUUUGCUUCUGGAUCACCCAAAAAAGAAAACCCGUGACACUCAGAAGUAUAAACCCUUCAGGAAGACUGUUAUGAGUAAGUGCCCCGCGUUGAGGGUACUUUGCCAGAGAAUACUCAAUGUCAAGGUUCAGCAGGGUGAACAUUCAUCUGUCCAGGAUGCCCAGGCCACCAUGAGGCUGUACACGCUGGUGAAGAAGCACUGGGAGGCCGAAAUAAAAAAUAGCAAAAAGGCGGACAAGAAGAGCGUGCGCAAGCUGAGGAUGCCCAAGUGCAAGCGUCCCAAUGCAGGUUUGUCCUUUUAACGCUAAGAGGGAGCGCUGUCGGCUGUACGUCAAUCAAGACACCUUUUUGUGCUUUUACUGCGAAGGCGACUGAAAAGAAAUAGACAAUGAACAUUUGUAUUUGGAUUAAGCGAGAACAUUGAGCAACUCAGGCCAUCAUGUCAAAAAGCAAAGAGGUGUUGAUGUCAACACCAUCGUGUUGCACCUCACCGGAUGUUCGUGUGUGGAACUUUUAGAACUUGGAUCGUUUCUUUUUUGCCACACGAUGCACAGUUUGUGUUGUUGAAAUGAAAAAUAAAAAAAGACAAAAUUGCUUAUUGAACUGAGCCCAAAAACGGAAAUGCCAGCGUAUAAAUUAACCUGAAUAUAUAUCCUGUUCAAGUCCUGGUUU